AUGGCCCCUUUCUUCUGGGGCCUCUGGGGGCUCUUCUUGCUGACGCAUCCUCUGCCAGGGGCAGCGGGGGAGCCGAGCAGGAACCUGCGACAGGGUUUGGCAGGGCUAUUGACACCUCCCGGAGAGCAGCGCCAAGGGGGCUCUGUUUCUCCCGGGCCCAGCCCAGGCUCGGCACAUCAGCAGCACAUGCACCGCUUAGUGCAUCCCCUUCUCCUCAGCCUGGAGUCCCUGUGGGGCAGGCAUCCUCCCUCUCCCCAGGCCCGGAGCCCUGAAUCCUGCCUGUCCAGCUUCCUCCACAACAUCUCUCUGUACCUCCAGGGCGAGGAGGAGCAGGAAGCCCCGGAGUCCUGGGAGAGCCUCCUGCUGCCACUGCUGCUGCCACCACCUCAGGCCGAGAAGCUGCUCUCACCAGCAUCCUCUGGACACCGGCUCCUCCAAGACAUCCUCUUUUCCUGGCGGCGAGGCAGCCGGCAUUGGGAUGGGUGGCUGAGCUUUACCCAGGACUUGCUGAGCCUCCUCCUCAGUUGGGCCCAAGACCCCCCACAGCACCUCCAUGGGCAGCAGGGCUGGGAGGUUCUCAGCAACCUGAUGGAAGCCCUGGGCCAGGCUGUCCUCUCUGGGUUGCUUGGCUCACAGGGGUCCCUUUGCCCCCCAACAGGGCAGAGUGGGUGCCAAGCGAAUGCCAGUUGGCUGGGGCAACUACUGCGGCUCUUUGAGGGCACUGGCUGGACAGCCUUCCUGCACAUUCGCCCAGCAGGCUUCGCCCCCACCGAUGGCCAGCAGAAGCCCUUUGGCCUGGUCCCCGCGACCCCCCGAGAGCUGCCCCCUGGCAACCGCAGUGCCCCCAGCCUCUCAAAAACCCUCUACCGGACAGAGCAGCCAGGCACGGGCGGGAAAGUGCAGGAACCGGCAGGAGGCUCUGAGGGCAACAUCUUGUGGGAGGCGCUGGAGGAGCUGAGGCAGAGACUGUGGCAAAGGGCAGGCCCAACCCUCGUCACCAGCUUCCGAAGGAGGGUCUUGCAUGUGACGGGCCUGCUGGCAGCUGAGGCUUCAGAGGCAGUGGGGGUCCCCCAGCCUGACCCAGAUGGGAAGUGCUCCGUAGGAAGUCUGCAGCAGCUGCUGCUGUGGGGAAUCAGACACAACAUCAGCUGGGACACCCUGCGUGUGGACUUGGCCUCCAAGGCCUCCUUCCCAUGGCCUCCUGUGGUGCCCAGUUGCUUGCUGCCUGCUGGGGAAGGGCACAGGGUGAGCGAGACCCUCCCUCCAGCCCCCCGGAGAGCAUUUCCUGAUCCCCCCUCCCAGGCAGAAGUCCUGGAGGCCGCCUGCAACGAGAGCAUCCCCGGCUUGCCAGGAAUCUCCAACUUCACCAUCUACUUGUAUUGCACCCUCUUCAAUGGUUCCAAAGAGCCCCACCGGCCCCCACCAGACCUGGAGGCCUUGUGUUCCAGCACCACCUGGUACUUCUCCUCCAUCGAGGGCGACCCGGUCUGGAUACGAGCCUGCAAGGAGUACUUCCCCCAGCAGUUCAACAGCACAGUGUGUAGCAAUGCCUCUGUCCUCUUGCACCUUGGGCCCCACCAGGAGCUUGUGGAGGAGCUCUGUGCCAACCUCUCCAUGCCCUUCCAGCCCAGCCGUUGCUCAGAGGCUCUGAACAGGCCUCUGCUCGGCCGGGAGGACUUCUGGACCUGCCUCUCCCUGGAGAGCCAGACACUCUGGACCCAAAACCUCUGCAGCAGCAGCAGCCUGCGGGAAGUCUCUGAUGCCACCAGGCAGUGGAUGGGCACCCUCUGCCACAGCCCGCUGGCCCAAGGGGCUGGGCUGAAUACCUCUCUGCGCCAGAGCAUGGAAGUACCAGCUUGUGGUGCUAGGGCCUGGAGCCCUCAAGCGCUGCACAACACCAGCUUCCUAGCUCAGUGUGGAGACGCCCACCUGCAGAGCUUCCAGGAGCUUGUGUGCAGCAAUGAGUCCCUACUGGAAGCCCUGCAGCUGGCCCACCCCUGGGUGCUGGUUCACUGCUUGGCUGUUGAGCAGGACAGGAGCUGCUCCCUCCCGUGGCUCCCAGGGGUGCUGCCAUUGCCCCCACAGCUCUGCCAGGAUGCGCCGGCCUUCCUGAUGGCACUGGUAUCCCAGUUAGCCCGGUGCAAAGAGCCCUCCCACUCCUCUUCCCAGUGGGCUCCCAGUGCCGGCUACCUGCUGCGGCUGCUGGACUUCCUGCUGGCUUCUCCUGCCCUUGGCGAAGUGGGGCAAGAGGGAGCCAGGCAGCAGCUGGGCCAGGCUCUCCUGCUCUCCAGCCUCCUGGGCAACAGCUCCUUUGGGACUUCUCUCCAAGCCAACUUCUCCCUGAGCAUCCUGGAGGAUGUGAGCCAGUUCCUGCAAGAAGGCGAGCUGGAUCCGGCCACCAAAGAAGACCUGCUUAACUGCUUUGGGCCUUUGCUCUGGAAUCUCCUGGAGAGGGAGGAGAACAUCUCAGCCCUGGAGUUCUUCAUACAGGAAUACCUGCAGAUGCCCCAUAAGGUUGUCCAGAGGCUGCUGUGGUCAGUGGAAGGUGAGACCACCCAGAGGUUCCUGGCCCUGCUGCACCGCUCUUGGGAUCACCUGCAGAUGAAGGUACCUCUGUGGGAUGAGCGGGCAGUGGAGUCACUGGCUGCCCAGCUCCUGAGCAAGUUCCCUCAGCUGACCCCACAACUCUUCCUCCACCUCUCUCACUUUGUCCCUUUCAUGGCUGCCUCGGACAUCCUGCGCUUGCCAUCCGCCCUGCUGGCCAACGAUAGCGUCUUGGCCAUCAUUAGCAGCCAAAGUGCCCGGAUGACGCUGGCACAAAAGCGAGCCCUAGUGCAGCGCCUCCUGCAGGCCGAGCACCUCCUGGGUGAAGUCCCUUCCUGGCCCCCGGAGUUCCUUCACAGCCUCCAGCCUCUCCUUCCUCACCUUCCGCUUGGCCAUUUCCUUCAGCUAACACAGCAGCAGAUCCAGAGCUUGGUGAAUGGCUGGCAGGAGGCUGAGCUGGGCCUGGCUCAAGGGCGCCAUGUAGCACGCAGUUUGCUCAACAGGAGCCACGAGAGCACCGAGGAGCAGGUGGGCAGGCUCGGGGCUCUCACCUGCUUCCUCAGCAUUGGGGACUUGCGUCUGAUCUCCCCCUUGCAAGAUCCGUGGGGGCCGAUCGAGAAGCACCUCCUGGAGUGUGUGGCCAGAGGGGUGGUGGACCCUCAUGGGCAGCUGGCCCAUGCCCUGGCAGAGCUCCUGCCUUCCUCGGUGGGCUCCCACGAGCUGCAAUCCUGGCGGGGUCUUGUGCCAGCCAUGGGGGUGGAGUUCCUGCGGGGCCUGUCAGAGUCUCAGGUAGGGGCUAUCCUCCCAGAGCUGCAAGCAGCACAGCUUAGCCGUGCCCAGGCUCUCCUGCUGCUCUCGCAGGCACUGCGGAUGGAGAAUGUGAGUAUCACCCAGAAGGUGACGCUGAGUGGGGCUGAGCCUCUCUGCUCCCUCCUCGCUGGCCUGGGUCCCCAAUCUCUGGAGGUGGCGGUGGCGGCUGUCUUGGCCAGAGGCUGUGCAUGUGUGGGCCCCACUCUGCCCCAUCUCUCAGGAGCUCAAAAGGCAGGUCUGCUUCAAGCUCUGCAGAGGCAUGGCCCAGAGUCCCCUGUCCUCAGUGCCCACCUGGACUGCCUCCUGCCUGCUGUCCCUCUCAAGCUCCUGCAGGUGGACACCCAGGCCCUGCUGGGGAGGAGCAGCUGGCACCGGAAGGCACCUUGGUCCCCACAGCAGGCCCAGUUCCUUUGGCAGAGCAUUGAAGCCAGUGCCAACAUGACGGGGGACCUGAUCUGGGCACUGGGACACCUGGCUAUGGGGCUAUCCUGCACCUCUCUGCAGACCUUUGAAGCUGGGGCAGAUUUUCUGGCUGUUCUGGAAGCUCUCUACAGCCAAGACCUCCACCUGCCCUGGAGCCUGAAAGGAUGCAUCUGGGAGGAGAUCCAGAGGAGACCCAGCCUAUCUACUACAGAGUUGCUGGGGCUGGGACCCCAGUUCCUCAUGGACUUGCCGACUCACCUGCUGGACAAGCUUCCUGGCAAGUCCUUCCUGCUGAUCUUGGACUAUGUAAGGAGCCACCCACGCAACCUGCUGGUCUUGCCACCCCCUCGACGGGCCGCCCUCGCCCGGCACAGUUUGCAGGCACUACUGCAAAGGUCCCAAGGGGAGGCAGACAUCUCAGUGGAGAUAUUGACCUUGCUUGGCCCUUUGGUGGGCUUCCUGGAGCUCGACAACCUGGUCCAUGCCAAUCCUGCAAAUCUGCUCCAGCACCUGGAUGAGCUCCGGGAGACCUGCCUCGAUAAUGGAGUUGCGGAAGUGGUUGGGCAACUGCUGAUGGCAGAUGGUGCUUUGGGGGACCCAGUGCACUGGAGCCAGGUGGAGCUGGAGCAGCUGGGGCAUUUGGUGUUCAGGCUCCCUCCGGAGAGUAUCCAGCAAAUCCCCCAGGCGGUGUUGAGCAAGGACCUUGUGGAGCAGCUGUUGCAGAGCCAGAAGCUGUGGGAGGAGAGUGAGCAGGGCCGGCUGUGUGACCCUCAAGGGCCAGGUGGGGGGUUGCAGGCCCAGAAAGAGGCCCUGCUCAUUGCCCAUCCCCACCCCUGCUGGACUCUCUGUGCAGAACCUGUGCCCAGCUGCUCCGACAUCCGGGCCUCUUUCCCCUCGGCCUGGAGCGCCACCCAGAUCAGCGCGAUGGAGCUGGACCAGUUCCAUGACUGCCUGAGCCUCAUCAGUCAGGACCUCGCCCUCCGUCCAUAUCAGCGCCAGGCUGCUCUCAGCAAAGCCAAACAGGUUCUGGGGCCGACCUGGGCAAUGGGCGCAGUGGAGAUGCUGCAGUUGGGCUUCCUGGCCCUCCAGUUGAGCGAGGAGGAGCUACAGGAGCUGGAGAUUCCUGACUGGGGAGCCUUGUCAGUGCUGGGGGCCCUGGAAGGCUGGACAGAGAGGCAGAUGCAAGCUGUGGUUGGCAGCCUCCUUGCAAAGCAGCACAAGGUGAGCGCGGAAAAUCUGGCACUGCUGGACUUGGUUUCUCUCGGGCACCUCCUUUGUGGGCUGCAGGUGGCGGAGAUCAGGCAGCUCAACAGCCAGGAAUUCAGCAAAGCGGCCUCCUUCCUGGGGUUGCUCCAUCUCAGCUGCUCUGAGGAGAAACUGGAUGCCCUGGCCUGGCUCCUGGUCACCCCCUCUGCCUUUGGGCCUGUCGCCAUGUGGGGCCCAGGGAUUUUCACAGAGAUUGGGACGCUGGCAGCGGGGCUGCCAGACAUCGUCCUCUCGUCCCUCGUCCCAGAGCAGCUUCGGGCUCUGACCCCAGUGGCAGUUGCCUUGAUCCCCGCCCCAAAAUUUGCAGUGGUGUUCAGCCCAGCCCAGCUGCUCAGUCUGACAAGCCCCCAGGCAUCGGCCGUGACAGCCCAGCAGUACGGACUCCUCAGCCCUAGGCAAAGAUGGGCCCUGGAGCUGGCGCAGUGCGAAGGGGAGCCCUGCCAGGGCCACAGGAGUAUGUGCCACCCCUGCCUUGACCCCUGCAUGCCUCACCAUGGGCACUGCCCACACUGGCAUGCCACUUCCCAGCUCUGUGCUGCCCCUCCAGUGACCCUUGGCUCCUCUUCCUCCACAGGCAGAAGUGGCUCAGGGCUCCGCCCAGCUGUUUUGCUGCUGCUUCCAUCUUGCUGCCUCCUUUUGACUUUCGGGCCCCCCCUGGCCUUGCAAUAA